GCAACGUGCCAAUAAGCUAAACAUAGUGUGUUUGAGGAUCUCAUCCUGCAAGAUUUUAUAGAAAAUAAGAAAGAUUCAAUAUCGUGGAAGGGGAAGAGAGGAAGUUGAUAAGAUAACUUAGAGCACCCGCAUCCACUCAGAAGAGAAAACCCGCAACAGAGAAAAUCCAUAACAUCUCAAAUGAUGCACUGAUUUUGCAACCAACAAUGUCUUACAUGCAAAUAUCUCAAAAGUUGUACGAUGCAUUCAAGCAUUGUAGCUUCUCCCACAAAUCCCCACACAUUGCUCGCAAACUUCAUGCUCAACUCAUUCUCUCUGGUUUAGACACUUCCGUUUUCUUACUCAACAAUCUACUCCACAUGUACUCCAAAUGUGGCUUAAUACAUGAUGCUCUUCAAGUUUUUCAAGAGACCCAUCAUUGUAAUAUCUUUACUUGGAAUACAAUGAUUAAUGCUAUGGUUAAUUCUGGUCGAAUGAAUGAAGCAGAGAAACUGUUUGAUGAAAUGCCUGUGAGAGUUAAAGAUUCUGUUACUUGGACUACUAUGAUAUCUGGUUAUAUUCAAAAUGGUUUUCAUGCUCGGAGUAUUGAGACUUUUAGUUUAAUGCUUCGGGAAUCGAAUAAUCGAGGUCGAAAUUAUGGCCCCUUUUCGUUUACUAGUGUAAUGAAAGCUUGUGGCUUGCUUGGAGAUACUCAAUUGGCUCUUCAGUUACAUGACUUGGUGGUCAAGUUUGGUUUUGGAAUGGAAACUUCUAUUCAGAACUCACUUGUUGAUAUGUAUGUUAAGUGUGGAGAUAUCGAUUUGGCUGAGGCUGUUUUCUUUGAUAUUGAAAUACCGAGUUUGUUUUGUUGGAAUAGUAUGAUUAGUGGUUAUUCUCAAACGUAUGGACCUUAUAAAGCUCUUCAGAUAUUUAACCAAAUGCCUGAACACGAUGAGGUUUCUUGGAACACGCUGAUAUCGAUUUUCUCUCAACAUGGUUUUGGGGUUCAAUGUCUUGCCAUGUUUGUAGAGAUGUGUAAUCAGGGUUUUAUCCCAAAUUUCAUGACUUAUGGAAGUGUACUUAGUGCAUGUGCCAGCAUUUCUGAUUUGAAAUGGGGUGCUCAUUUGCAUGCUCGGAUUUUUCGCAUGGAACAUAGCUUGGAUUUGGUUUUGGGUAAUGGUCUUAUAGACAUGUAUGCUAAAUGUGGAUGCCUAGGAUUGGCUAAACGCGUGUUUAACAGUUUAAAGGAACGCGAUCAUGUUUCUUGGAAUUCUUUGAUCAAUGGUGUGGCACAUUUUGGCCAUGACGAAGAUGCAUUGAUAUUGUUUAACCAAAUGAGACUGAGUUCCGCAGUGUUGGAUGAAUUUAUUCUUCCUACCGUUCUUGGGGUUUGUUCAGGUCAAAAUUUUGCUACUACCGGAGAACUACUUCAUGGAUAUACAAUCAAAAGUGGGAUGCAUUCCUCUGCUCCUGUAGGGAAUGCAAUCAUUACAAUGUAUGCAAAGUGUGGAGAUACUGAAAAAGCUGAUCACGUGUUUAGAUUGAUGCCGCUUAGAAAUACCAUAUCGUGGACCGCCAUGAUCAGUGCAUUCUCACUGAGUGGAGACAUCAACAAAGCCAGAGAAUAUUUUGAUAUGAUGCCUGAGCGGAACAUCGUAACUUGGAACUCCAUGUUAAGGACAUAUGUUCAAAAUGGAUUCUCUGAAGAAGGUCUCAAGCUGUAUCUUUCGAUGAGGAGCAUUGGAGUCCAACCUGAUUGGAUCACUUUCACAACUUCAAUCCGGGCCUGUGCUGACUUGGCUAUAGUUAAACUUGGGAUGCAAGUUGUUGCUAAUGCUAUAAAGUUUGGAUUCGGUUCGAAUGUUUCAGUUGCAAAUAGUAUCAUUACUAUGUAUUCAAGAUGUGGACUAAUCAAAGAAGCAAAGAAUACAUUUGACUCAAUUGAUGACAAAGACUUGAUUUCCUGGAAUGCUAUGCUUGCAGCAUUUGCUCAAAAUGGUUUAGGUAGGAAAGUAAUUGAAACUUUUGAGAAUAUGUUGACGACGAAGUGUAAACCCGACCAUAUAAGCUAUGUUUCUGUUUUAUCUGGUUGCAGCCACAUGGGGCUUGUAGAUGAAGGAAAACAUUACUUCGAUUCCAUGACCCGAGUUUUCGGCAUUUCUCCAACAAAUGAGCACUUUUCCUGUAUGGUAGAUCUGCUCGGACGAGCAGGGUUACUAGAAGAAGCCAAAAGUUUGAUUGAAGGAAUGCCGUUUAAGACAAACGCCACUGUUUGGAGUGCUCUACUAGGAGCUUGCCGAAUUCAUCAUGAUUUGAGACUAGCAGAAACUGUUGCAAAGAAGUUGAUGGAAUUUGACGUCGAAGAUUCUGGAGGUUAUGUCCUUCUAGCAAAUAUAUAUGGUGAAUCUGGAGAGUUAGAAAAUGUUGCUGAUAUGAGAAAACUUAUGAAAGCGAAAGGAAUUCGAAAGAGUCCAGGUUGUAGCUGGAUAGAGGUUGAUAACAGAGUACAUGUUUUCACUGUAGAUGAAACCAGUCAUCCACAGAUAAAGGAAGUUUAUAUAAAACUAGAGGAGAUGAUGAAGAAGAUAGAAGGUACCGGAAAAUAUAUUAGUGUAGACUCUUCUGUUCAUAGGACUGCGAAAUAUCAUAGUGAAAAGCUGGCCUUUGCAUUUGGGUUGCUUAAUCUGCCAUCUUGGAUGCCGAUAAGUGUAAUGAAGAAUCUUCGUGUCUGUGAUGAUUGUCACUUGGUAAUAAAGCUUUUGUCUUUAGUUACAUCAAGGGAACUUAUCAUGAGAGAUAGAUAUAGAUUUCAUCAUUUCAAGGAUGGGUUUUGCUCCUGCAAGGACUACUGGUAAUCUGUGAUGAUAAGUUUGUAAACUCUACUGAGAGGGACCCGUCUACAUAAAACACCAAGCCACCAUGUUCAUUGCCAUGCCGUCAUCAGGACACACACGACUCUAAGUCACCCUGCCAAGGAGAGAUGAACUAAGAGAGAGUACUAGAAGUUCCAUAUUUGUGCUUCUUGGAGUCUCUCUUGUGGUAAUUAUUCUCCAACUCUAACUAUAUUUGAUUAACAAUUCAUCUAUUCAGAUUUCUCAGACAAUGUUUUGAAUCAGUGUAAAGGUCUGAUCAUUAUAUAUGUGAGUCUAAUUCAUUUAUUCAGUAACUUUGUGUUCUAACUUUUAAUCCCUUUUUAUGGUUACCCGUCAAAGAUAGUUAAGUCUUAGCAUUAAUUCAUCGCACAGAGUGUUUUAAUAUCCAAAUUGAAUGGCAGAAGCAUUUUAUUACAAAUCAUGGAUGGGAGACCAGUUGACUAGCAAUGAAAGACCAUGAUUGCUUUCCAAUGCUAUUGCUGUGAACACUAUUUUAACGUAAAAUGAAGGUAAGAAGCUUUCUUCUUUUCAGCUUUUAUGUUUCUAUAUGAAUUACUGAAUUGAAUCUCAGAAAACAUAAAUCCCAGAUUUCUCAAGAGUAAAUAUUAGUAAAUAUAGGUUGAAAUAAAACAUCGUGAAAGUUGCCUCUAAGUACACGCAUUUCAGAAAGUUCAUCCUGCUGAUGAACAUUAAAAUAGUGCAGUGACUGAACUGCGUCAUUUUAUCAUAUUGUGUGCAUUGUACUGGUCAACAGGGAGAGAUGGUGAAGCAACUGCUGAACAGGAUAAGCUAAUAACUAAUAAGUGUCAGCUUUUUAAAUUCUUUAGAAGCAAAUACUGCAGUAUCGGUUUACAUGGUUAUGCAGAGUAUAUUGGAGUAUUUGUUUAGCAGUGAUUGUUCAGUUUUGGUCACAAUUUGAUGGUGUGAUUUUUUUUUGGAGAUGAUUUUGUUUAGCUAGAGUUGGUGUUACUAGGUUGCUAUUAUCAGUUUAUCACAUUAUUGCUGGUAUUUAGUCUCAAGAUAAUAGUUACUCAACCAUAAAUUUGGCAAGUGUA